AUGCCAGGUGAAUAUUUUGGCCAGACAUUUGCUUGUAACCAAGCUGUGAGUAUGGUUUGUAGUUGGAGACAAGCGUUAAGAAUGUCUAGAAAUGCUGAGUUGCCAGUUGGGCUUAGGUGUUUAAGCAUCUCAUUUGUUAUACCAGUGGGUCCUGGAGCUUUCUUUAAAAAGGAUUCAGUUAAGGUCUCAUUUAGUUCUCGUGAUGUAAUUGGUUCAUUUAGAGGAUUGUAG